AUGGACAAUAAUCAGAGAUCGGUACCAAGCUCGCCGGCACCAGGUCAUGGGUCUUCAGGUUACUAUUCUCAGCAGGAUACUCUCCAUCACGAUGAAAGAACGACACCUCCAACUGCUUUUCACUUUCCACAAACCCAUCAGGCUCAACCGGCACCUGUAAUGGGUCAACCACCCGGAUACCCAAUGCAGGCUCACGUUCUUGUCGAUCCCGUCACGGGACAACAUUAUAUUGUUCCACAAUACUAUCCACCUCCAAUGUAUCCAUAUCCAGCUGCACCUCAACCACAUCAUCCAGCUGCUCCAAUGUAUUAUCCUUAUGGACCUGCUCCUUCCCAUGCUCCCGUUCCAGCUCAAAACGUUGCUCCACCGCCGACUACGUCUGCACCCAGUAACUCCGCCAACCCUAUUAACUACAUGGGACUGCCCAUGUACAACCCUCCUGCAUCGAGCCACGAGAAAAAAGAUGAUUCAGAAGAUACCAUGUCGACGACUUCUAACAUCUCUAGAAGCUCAUUCUCAUUGAUGCAAAAUCAGAAGACUCCAGUAUCCCAACAACAACAGCAGCAACAAUUCGGAAGAGAAAAUAGUCGGGAAUACAUGUAUUUACAUCGAUCACCGACUACAAAUCCAGCUCCACCAUCUCCUCUAAUGCGCCCAAAACUCUUUCAUCAAAGAUUGGAUACUGUAGCAGAUCCACGUGGUGGCACACAGUCAGAUUUCGAAGGAAAGGCGCCUUUAAUGCGACAGAAAACGAAUGAUCACCCAACUUCUUCUGCAUCGGAUCAUGAAUCAACAAAACGCUUUUCUAGGACUUCUUUUGGUACACCAGCAACGGUGCAAACAGAAGAAUUUGUGAGAGUACCGAACCCUAACCCACCUGCAAAAUCAGUUCGGAUGGAAAUCAACUUUGCUGACGUUCCUUCGAUGCCGAGUGAACCAAAACCCGCUAAAAAGUCGAAUGCUACCGCAUUUACGGUAAAUUUGGGCGAAGAAAAAGAGGUAUCACUUCAAGAAGCUGCGAGAACUCUCGCUGAGAAUCGCAGAAAAGUCAAGCUAGCGAAGAGCACUUCUCAUGACCGUACUCCAUCAACCCCAGAAGCAUUAGCAGCGAGUAAAACGAAUAAAAACUAUUUGCUAGAGAGACUUUUGACUGGAAAAACUGGAACACCGACAGAAAACAGUAAUGAAGAAAUCGAAGUAUCACCAGAAACACCAGAAGAACAUAGAGAUUUUGAUGCUAGAUCUGAAGCUCUCACUUUUGUUAUUGACACAUCGAGAAGAAAUAACGCUGGAGGAUAUGGAGGACAGACACAUUUCCAACAACAGAGAGUCGUACAGUAUUCUGAUGAAGAAGAUGACUCGGAUAGUGAUAGCGAAUUUAUGGAGCAAUAUUCAAAUACCCAACAAUCUAAAACUUCUCAACCUCUUCAAACUAUUCCACCACCCUCACAACCUCAACAAACGCAUCAUUCACCUGUUCAAAUGCCUCUCUCUUCUCCCCGACCAUCCGCUCUUCCUGCUCCCGGAUUCUCUCGGCAAACUUCGACAGCAUCAACACUUACAACUCAAGCUCCCCCUCCAGCACUCCCAUCACCAAGGACGCCUUCCACGUCUGCAUCAUCGACUCCUCGAACAUCUUCUCGGUUUGAUCGGUCAAAUGGAGGAAGUUCUGACUUCUUGCAGGAACUCGCAAAACUGAGAAUGAUGGCUGGUCUUCCAGCAGCUGGACCUACAAGCAGUGAAGCUGAACAGAAAGCAAUGAUGAUGGCUCAUCAGAGACCAACUACGACGUUCAGAAGAAGUGAAGUGAGCUCAUCCGCUCGAGCUCCGACAGUUUCUUCGUCGCAAAAAACGAUUGGUUUAGGUGAAAGGGGAGGAUCAAGAGCCUCGUUUACUGGAAAAACAAAGGAGACGAAUACCACUCCAACACCAAGUCGUCGCAGUGAAAACCGACGAUCUCUGACCGGAAACUCUUCUCCACAGCUAUCAAACUUGGCUCGUCCACCAUUCCGAACUGGAGCUCCACGUGGUAUUAUGAUUGGACAAAGUGAGCAACAACGAGAACAAGAGAUGACAGCGUGGCUUCGGAGGAAAGAUUAUAAUCCGAUGAAGGCCGCUGCCGCCGGAAAGAAACCUUCUAACGAAGUUUCAAGAGAACAACAAUUUCAAUCUCGUCGUUCGAUGACCUUCCACAACACCGACGAAGUGACAUCUCCAUUUGGAAGAGCUGCUUCUGGAAUGGUUCCGAUACGCCCGCCUCCAAGAAAUCGUUCUCAAGAACCACGAGAUAUCAAUAAUGAGAAGUACCGUUCAGUGCAGAAAGACCAAAGACUAAAGCGUACAGUGGAUAUGUUAUCUCAAAAGUGCAAAAAAAGUAUAGAACUGAUACGAAUUCAAAAUAAGGGAUGUCUAUCAGUUUCUGUCGAAGAUCUUCUGUCAGCAGCAGCUGAAGAGCCUCGUCCACGAGAAACAUUAGAUGAGCAACUCGAUCGUCUAUCAGAUGCGUUUGAUGCGGUUCAGAGAUAUUUGGAGCAGUACUCAUUGGACGGUUAUCACUCUCCAACUUCAGAUGACCGAUAUUUUGACGAUGACAUGAUGGAAUCGAAAUCCACUUUUUCAGGAGUCAGCACUCAUCAGGAACGCAACAAUGUUCCAUCUACAGAAUCACUAACAAGCUCAUAUCGCAAAAAGAUUCUUGAUUCCUGA